UGAGAGCGCGCCCUCGCGGGGUGUGGCGCGCUGAACACCAUUUCGCAUUUCGCUAUGCCAAGCUCGAAGGGGUACUUGCCGAUGGCCUUUACAUCGCUCUUGCCCAGAACCAUGGAUUUGAAGCAGCCAGGGGCAAUGAAGUCGUCGACGUCGCGCCGCACCAAGAACACGUCAAGCCACUACACGCUCUACGAGAUGCCGAUCACAUGCCCCAUCACACGCCGGUCGUGGGUCCUCCGGAAGCGCUUCUCGGACUUUCUUCGCUUUCGCCAGCAGCUCCGGCUCCUCAGCUCGAUGAUCUCGCCGCACCCGGACCAAGUCGUGACCAUCGACAUGAUCCAGUCGAUCCUCGCGGUGCCGUUUCCGAAGAAGCACAACUUUCACCGCUUCGAGUCGCACGUGAUUGCCGAGCGCACGGCCGGGUUCCGAAGCCUCCUGACCCAAGCCAUGGUGUGUCGAACCGCGGCCGUGCUGUAUGCACAGAAAGCCUCGCUCUUGCUCCAGUGCGCCAGCAUGCCGUCGGCGUUAGCGCCGCUCGCGUCGCUGCUCGAGUCGUUUCUGAACGUCCCGCCGCACCUCAAGACGACGCACUUGGUCGAGAACGCCGCCGACGCGGGCUGUGCGAUCUGCCUCUGCGAGUACGAAGAGCGCGAGUGGCACGUUGCGUGUCAUAUCGUCCAGCUGCCGUGUCGGCAUUUGUUUCACGCCACCUGCGUGACCGAGUGGCUCCACGGCACGCAGACGUGCCCGCUGUGCCGCGCACCGACCAAGACCAUGGCCGGCAUUUACGUCGCACCAUGACAGGACAAUAUCUCCACCACCUAAUCUAUUUUCUCCACCGAUACAUCUAGU